UGUGACCUCCUGGAGGCGGCCGUGGCCACUGCCACCUCAACCUUGCUUGCUUUCAGCUGUGCUGUUUAGUGAGCAGAAGGUCAAGCUUCUCUAGGACUGCUGAAGCUUGCCGAGCAUGCCUUCGGAGAGGCUGUCCUGGCUGCACUUGAAGUGGCCACUCCGUGAGUUGGGUCAUUAUGGAGGGCGAGUCUGGUGCCGCCAGCCCCUCAGCUGUGGACAGCUGAAAAACCCUGCCUGAAACAGCUUCUUAAGUGCACCAUUAAUUUAUACAGCAGGUUUGCCCAGAGGCUGAAUAUGAUUCUUGGCUACACCAUGCCUAAAUUUCAGAUGCUCGGUCCAGCAUGGGCCACGGCACCUCACCUUAGCUUGGAGGGACACACCAAGAUGAAGCGAAGCCACCUGCUUCACGGAUGAGAUGCCGCCUAUUGAAUGCAGUGAUGGAAUAUGGAUGCGGAAUAGAAGCAAGCCAGAAAUGGAUGCACUCCACUUACCUGUGGCUGCGUUGGUUCCCUGGGUGGGCCGGAGAUGCUCCAUAGGCACCCAAAGUUGUUUGGGUCAGCAGGACAUCAGUACCUCUGCCCAGGCUGAGGACCGACAACAGCGCCUCUCGCCGUGGAUGCUGCAAAGCUCCUACCUCCCAAACUGCCUGGGGUUGAUCUAUACUAUUUAUGUAGACGGACUGAGCACCUCCCUGGAAACCGUCAUUGGGAACCUCCUCACUUGUACCAUCCCCAUCACUGGGGGUGCUCAGAGGACAAUCUCUCUGGGCGCAGGCGACAGGCAGGUGAUCCAAACACCCAUUAAUGACUCCCUUCCCAUCAGCAACUGCAGCGUGGCACUCCUCUUCCGGCAGCUUGGGAUUACAAAUGUGCUGUGUCUCUUUUGUGCGGCCCUCACGGAGCACAAGAUCCUGUUUCUGUCCAGCAGCUAUCAGAGACUGACUGAUGCCUGUCGGGGUCUACUUGCCCUCAUGUUCCCCUUGAAGUACAGCUUUACAUAUGUGCCCAUCUUGCCUGCUCAACUCCUGGAAGUCCUCAGCACACCUACACCUUUCAUCAUUGGUGUCAGCUCUGCAUUCCAAUCGGAGACCCAGGAGCUGUUGGAUGUGAUCAUAGCAGACCUGGAUGGUGGAACUGUAACUGUCCCCGAGUGCAUCCACAUCUCUCUGCUGCCUGAACCGCUGCUGCAUCAGACACACGAGGCGCUCUCCAUGGUCUUGGACCCAGAGCUGGAGAUUGCAGACCUGGCCUUCCCCCCAUCCACCAUCUCGGCAUCUUCCCUCAAGAUGCAGGACAAGGAGAUCCGUGCUGUCUUCCUCCGCCUAUUUGCACAGUUGCUCCAGGGCUACCGAUGGUGCUUGCAUAUCAUCCGGAUCCACCCAGAGCCAGUCAUUCGCUUUCACAAGGCAGCCUUUCUUGGACAGAGGGGCCUGGUGGAAGAUGACUUCCUUCCAAAGGUGCUGGAGGGCAUGGCCUUUGCUGGGUUUGUGACAGAGAGGGGACCCCCAUACCGGGAUACAGACCUAUUUGAUGAGCUGGUGGCCAAUGAAGCGACCCGGAUGCAAGCAGAUGAAGGCAACAAGGCCAGGGUGCUUUGGCACAUCAAGGAACUAGCAGAGCAGCUGUACAAAAACGAGAACCCCUACCCUGCUGUGACCAUGCACAAAGUUCAGAAGCCCACGGAAGGCUGCCACCUGCGCUUGCACCAGAGGCCUUUCCCCCAUUUGGAUGAGGGGACCAUCCAGUGGAUCAUCGACCAGGCCACAGCCAAGCUGCAGACAGCCCCUCCUGCUGUGAAGGUGGAGAAGAAGUGCAUGGUUCCUUCGGGGCCUCUGCUGGGGGUUCUUAUGGAGCGCAACGGAGUUGUGCUGGCCAACAGUGCCCGCCGACUGGAGGUGGUCAGGAACUGCAUCUCCUACGUCUUUGAGGGCAAGAUGCUGGAGGCCAAAAAGCUGCUCCCUGCGGUACUCCGAGCCAUGAAGAGUCGGGCUGCUCGGCACUGCCUGACACAGGAGCUGAAUCUGCACGUGCAGCAGAACAGAGCCAUGCUGGACCACCAGCAGUUCGACUUCAUUGUCCGCAUGAUGAACUGCUGUUUGCAGGACUGCAGUGCCGCAGAUGAGCAUGGAGUUGCAGCCGCACUUUUGCCGCUGGUCACCGCAUUCUGCCGUAAACUCAGUCCUGGCGUCACCCAGUUUGCCUAUAGCUGCGUGCAGGAGCACCUGGUGUGGACCAACCUCCAGUUCUGGGAGGCCAUGUUCUACUGUGAUGUGCAGAACCACAUCCGGGCCCUUUACUUGGAGUCCGGUGAGGAGAACCAUGUGGACCAGGUGGCUGAGCGUGCACCGCUGGAGGAGGGGGAGGAGGAGGAGUCGGCCCUGGAGAUUGCAGCCGGGCAGUGCCGCCUCUGGCCCACCAUGAGUUGUGAAAAGCAGCAGGAAUUGAUCCAGAAGGAAGAGAGCACCGUCUUCAGCCAGGCGAUUCACUACGCCAACCGCAUGAGCUACCUCUUGCUGCCCCUGGACACCAGCAAGAACCGUCUCCUGCGAGGCUCGGGCCUCGGAGAUGCGGAGAGUGUCAGCAAUAGCUUCAUCACAAACAGUAUCGCCGGCAGUGUGGCUGACAGUUACGACACUGAGAGUGGCUUUGAGGAUGCCGAAAGCUCUGACGUGGCCAACUACGUAGUUCGGUUCAUCAACCGCUUUGUGGACAAGGUCUGCACAGAGAGUGGGGUCACCAACGAACACCUCAAGGGGCUGCAUGUCAUGAUUCCAGACAUUGUCCAGAUGCACAUUGAGACCUUGGAUGCCGUGCACAGGGAGAGCAAGAGGCUCCCUCCCAUACAGAAGCCCAAGCUUCUCCAGCCCGCCCUGCUGCUGGGAGAAGAAAGCGUGAUGGACGGCCUGCGGGUGUACCUGAUGCCUGAUGGCAGGCAGGAAGCUGCUGGCGGGAAUGUCGGCGGGCCUCCCCUGCUUCCUGCUGAAGGGGCCAUCUUCCUCACCACCUACCGCAUCAUCUUCAAAGGCACCCCCACAGACCCGUUGGUUGGCGAGCAAGUGGUGGUCCGUUCCUUUCCUGUUGCCUCCCUGACCAAAGAGGAGAAGAUCCCAGUGCUGGCACAAGUAGACCAGUUCAUCCAGGAGGGCUGUGCUCAGCUCCAGCUGCGCUCCUGCACGUUCCAGUUGCUGCGCAUCGCCUUUGAUGAGGAGGUCGCCUCUGAGAGUGUGGAGACCUUCCGGAAGCAGCUCAGCAAACUCCGCUACCCGCAGCACAUCUCGGACACCUUCGCUUUCACGGUGGGCCUGUCAAACAAGCCCGCACUGCAGCCCAAAGCCAAGGAGAAGAACCCGUCGCUCAGAACUAUCUCCAGGAACCUGGUGAAGAAUGCCAAGAAGACCAUUGGCCGCCAGUAUGUGACACGCAGGAAGUACACUCCCCCUCCGUGGGAACACCGGGGAAGCCAGCAGCACUUCCCAGAGGAUGAGGAUGAGAUCUCAGUGUCUGAAGAAGUGGACAGAAGCACCUUGACUCCGUCCACCACCAUCAAGCCCUCGGACAAGAUGACCAUGAGCCACUUGGUGGAGCGAGCCUGCUGUCGGGAUUACCAGCGCCUGGGGCUGGGCACACUGAGCAACAGCCUCACCCGCUCCAAGAACGAGCCUUUCCGCAUCUCGACCGUCAACCGGAUGUAUGCCAUCUGCAGGAGCUACCCAGGGCUGCUUAUCGUCCCGCAGAGCGUCCCUGACAACACCAUCCAGCGAAUCUCUCGCUGCUACCGCCAGAACCGCUUCCCCGUCGUCUGCUGGCGGAACUCGCGCACCAAGGCAGUGCUGCUGAGAUCGGGCGGCCUGCACGGCAAGGGUGUGGUGGGCCUAUUCAAGUCUCAGAACACUCCUGCCACUGGAGGUCCCUCGCAGGCAGAUUCUGCCAGCCUGGAGCAGGAGAAGUACCUGCAGGCGGUGGUCAACGCCAUGCCCCACCACGCUGACGCCAGCGGCCGUAACACCCUCAGCGGCUUCACCUCUGCCCACAUGAGCAGCUCAGAUUCUUCUGAGAAGCGGCAACCCAAGCUGGGAUCUCUUAUGAAGCAGGUGAUGGGAGGGAAGGACGAAGGGGCCGGCCCGAUGAGCCGUGCAGCCCCAGGUCACAGAGCUAGGGUAGUCACCCUCUCCAGCCCCAAGAGCAUGGCAGCAAAGGGACGUGGCUCCCCGCGAGGCAAAUGGGGAAGCAUCCGAGCCAGCGGGCGCCUGAGCAGCUAUGCUCUCAAUGCAGAGAUUGGAUCUCGCUUGGCUGGGAAAGAGCUGCUCGGCACGCAGCCCAACGGGUCCCCCUCCGAGGCCAGCUUCUUGCGCCAGCACCGGGCAUCGCUCUACAUCAUCGGCGACAAGUCUCAGCUGCGGGGUGUGAAGCCUGACCCUCUGCAGCACUGGGAGCUGGUGCCCAUCGAGGUGUUUGAUGCGCGACAGGUCAAGGCCAGCUUCAAGAAGCUGAUGAAGGCCUGUGUGCCCAGCAGUCCCUCCAUGGAGCCUGGCUUGACCUACCUGCGCUCCCUGGAGGAGUCGGAAUGGCUGGUGCAGAUCCACAAGAUCCUGCAGAUCUCCGUGCUGGUGGUGGAGUUGCUUGACAGGGGCUCCUCUGUGCUGGUCAGCCUGGAGGAAGGCUGGGAUAUCACCACCCAGGUCGUGUCCUUGGUGCAGCUGCUGUCGGAUCCCUACUACCGCACCAUGGAGGGCUUCCGCCUCCUCGUCGAGAAGGAAUGGCUCUCCUUCGGGCACCGCUUUGGCCAUCGCGGGGCCCAGACCUUUGCUAGCCAGGGCAGCGGCUUCACGCCCAUCUUCUUGCAAUUCCUAGACUGCGUCCAUCAGAUCCACUUGCAGUUCCCCAUGGAGUUUGAGUUCAGCCAGUACUACCUGAAGUUUCUGAGCUACCACUGCGUGUCCGGUCGCUUCCGUACUUUCCUGCUGGACUCUGACUAUGAGAGACUGGAGCUGGGCCUCCUCUAUGAGGAAAAAGGGGAGCGGAAGGGCCCCCCACUGUUCUGCUCCAUUUGGGACUACAUGGACCGACUGAACAAGAAGACGCCUGCAUUCUUCAACUACAUGUACGCCCCUGAAGAUGGCGAGGUGCUGCGUCCUUACAGCAACAUCUCCAACCUGAAGGUGUGGGAUUACUACACCCAGGAGACCCUGUCCGAGGGCCCCUCCUAUGACUGGGAGUUGGUGCAGGGCCAGGCGGAGCCCCUGGAAGAGGCUGGUCAACAGGACACGAGCACCCCCCAGAGCCAGCGGAAGAUCAUCUGGCCCUGCUACGAUAACCGCAGCCGCACGGAGCCGGAUGCCAUCUCUCGGCUGCUGGAGGAGCUGCAAAACCUGGAGAUGGAACUGGGGCAAGUUCCAGGGCGCUGGAAGGAGACAUGGGACAAAGUAAAGGCUUUCCAACGGUCAGAGGCCCAGGCAGACACCGGCAGCAGACUAGCAGCCAGCAAUCUGCUGAUGGCAUCCGGCCUGUCGCACCAUCGGCGCUCGCUUGGCGUCUACCUGCAGGAGAGUGCUGGCGGUAGCUCCACCAUCAACCUCAGCCUGGACAGUGAUGCCAGCAGCACCUCCACGCCCUCCGGAGGGAGGCAGGGGGGCCGCCGAAGCACCAGCACCCUCUACAGCCAGUUCCAGCCAGCAGAAAGCGAGAACCGCUCAUAUGAGGGAUUCCUUUAUAAGAAAGGAGCCUUCAUGAAGCCGUGGAAGCCCCGCUGGUUUGUGCUGGAUAAAACCAAGCACCAGUUGCGGUACUAUGACAGCCGGCAGGACUCCGAGUGCAAAGGCGUCAUUGACUUGGCUGAGGUCGAGUCCAUCACUCCAGGCACCCCCACCAUGGGCGCUCCCAAGAUGGUGGAUGAAAAGGCCUUCUUUGAUGUGAAGACGACAAAGCGUGUUUACAAUUUCUGCGCCCAGGAUGUGCAGCUGUCCCAGCAGUGGAUCGACCGUAUCCAGAGCUGCCUGUCUGAUGCCUGAAGUCGCCCUCGCGCAGCCUGCCGGGCUGCCGCAAGCAGAGCAGGGCCGGACUGGUGGUGCACUGGGACCGAAGGAGGCACAGGGUGCGGGGAGAACGCCCUUCCCACGGCCCUCGGCCUGGCUCUCCGGGCUGUUCUGCAGCCUGUGCCACAGUCUACCGGUGGCCGCUUCUUGCCGGGACAGCGCAGGCCUGCUUGCUGGAGCAAGGGGCUAGUGGGAGUCACGAGGUGGGAGGACCCCUGCUUUUCCUGGGCAGUGGCCGAUCCAGAAGGCCUCCGUGUCGCUCCUUUCCUGAACAAGCGUGCCAUGAGCUGCGCCAGGAAAAGGGCCAGAAGCUCAGCUGCACGCUCAGGGGGCACCGCUGGGGUAGAACAGUAUUACAGGCCUCGAACACACGAGUCUAGCAGGCAAGGAUGCCGGGGCCUGUGUGGGUCUGCAGCCCGUGGCCCCCUGUUCUGGGAUGUGGGGAGAGGGAGCAGGCGUCACCUCUGGCACAGCUUGCCCUGCCCUCUGCUCAUUCAGUGGCUUGAUGCAGUGGAGGGCUGGCUGGGGCUCGCACUGUCCUAGUGAGGAAGCCCAGGGUGGGGAGGGAAGGGCUUCCCAGGCUCCCGGAUUAUCUGGCAUUGUUGGAGGUGUUUAUGGGCAUGGGAGAGAUUCUUGGAUGCAGCUAACGACCCUGUGACUGAGCCCUCUCGCCCCAAGCAUAGGCUUUAAUCCUGAAGCAAGUCCUGUAGCCUGCUUUCUUCACAGGUCAGACGGCAGCCUCCCCAGCUCUCUUUAAAAGGCAUAGAAGUGUUAUUCGAAGCCCUGAGACAUUGUACAUAGCCUGGAGCACAUUGCCCCCCCUUUUUUAUUUGUACAAUAACGGCUGUGGCUGGUGUGAGUUGGAAGAUUUUGUAACUUCCUUGAGCAGUUGUAGAUUAUUGAAGUUUCUGUACAUUGUGUCAAACCUACAGAGUCCUUGUAUUGUAUUGUGCCUAGAGGAAAAAAUAUAUGGAGAAAAACUAAUGGAAUUUAAUAAAAAAACAGCAACAUG